GGCGGAGACGAUGAGCGGUGUUCGUGUUUUACACUCCGUGUGGAAGUGACUCGACUGGCGCUGGAGAGAUGAGCGAGCGGGCGCUGGAGGAGAUCGCAGUGCUGUCGGCCAUCUACUGCGGCGCGGGGCAGUUCGAGUGGACCCAGCGCUCAGACACAGAGGGGAACAUUUUCCACAUCCAGGUCCCGGUGGGAGAAUCCUCGGGACGGAAGACCGUGACCCUGCUCUUCCACCUACCUGCCGAGUACCCGUCUUGCGUGCCUGGUAUUUCUGUCAGUUGUGAGCAGCUCACCCGGAGACAGUGCGAGGACAUAAAGCAGAGCCUGCUCACAAAGGCGUCUGCCCUUGUGUCGGAACCCAUGGUCCACGAGCUAGUGCUGUGGCUGCAGCAGAAUGCGGAGAACAUUACCGACGUGGAGCAGCCCUCCAGGCACAGAGGCCCGCCAGGGAGAAGCGAGAUCCAUGUGGAUGAAAGAGUUUGGACGGCUCUGUUGCUCAUUGAUCACAUGAGGUCCAAGGCGAAAUACAUAAAAACGGUUGAGAAAUGGACAUGGGAUCUGGAACUUACCGGGAGACUCUUCACAGGACAGCUGAUUUUGCUUCUACUGCAGGGGACAAGGAGGAAUAUAAAGGAAUAUCUUCACCUUCACAAGAGCGUGAAAGUGGACGUGGACUCGGCAGGGAAGAAGUGCAAAGAGAAGAUGAUGAGCGUCCUUUGUGAAAGGCCUUUGUCAGAAGAACGCAAACAGCUCUCAGUGUUUGAGGUUAAGGAGUGUUCGUCCGCAGAGGAGCUGAAAAAGGAGUUUGACUUGGUCGGACAGUCAGAACUGUACCGGGAAUUUGUGCGCACGUUGCUGCAGUAAUUGUGUUUUUACCACCUCACUGACACUGCUCAAGUGCAACUGCUGUGCUGCAGAUGCUGGGAGAACAUCCUACCGUGGUCUCUUGCUGCGUGCGGUAAUAAUGCUCAUGAUCGAAACUUUGAUAUGCAUUGAAUGUAGUCGGCGGUAAAUACGUUUCUUUGAAACUGGGGAAAAACUAAACGAGUGUAACCAGAAUCCUGUUGUAUUUAAAAAAACAACUUAUGUCAUACCUGUACGUGGUGCGUUCCAGUGAGUAUUUAUAAAAAAGUUGCUGCUUGCUCUUUUUUUUUUUUUUU